AAGUUUAUGGAUGAUUUUAGAUCCACAAAAGCCUUCGUUUUUUCUUCAAACUUCAUUGGUAUCUACAAGCACGAUACUCAAAAUACUGAGAGAUCCUUGAAUAGAAGUGCCACAUGGAAGAUAAAUCAUUCAAAUACGUGUCAACGCGAAGACACAAUGGCCUGCAGAGGAAAAUAUUGAAAAUGAAGUGAAUAUAAAAAGAGGAGGAAAAUGGGGGAGAUUCAGUGUGUAGGUGUCACAAUCACAUGUGGGGUGUUCCUCAAUCACCCAAAUCCCACACGGAAUGCCAUGUGAUUUGGUUUACAUCCUUAUUAUUUCAAAUCCCCAGAGGCCCACCACCACCCAACCGCUCUUUCCCUCUAUUUAUAUUAAACCACUCACAACAAGAAUGUUACACUCAUUUCCUCUCAACCAUGGUGAUAAAUCCAACACUCAGUUCCAAAAAUGAGAAUAUUACAAUGUGAUCUAGCUCUGAGCUUGCCUCUAUAAGUUCACUUCAUCUGAAUUGCUGUUCUUGUAGUUAUCUGUUGUCCAUCCACCAUGAAUCCUCAACCGAGCUCUGGGUCCUCUCAUGACUUCAAGUUUUGAAUGCACUUUGUGGGUUCUCUUGUUGAUGAAGAGCCAAGCUGUGGAGGUUAACGAUUGGGGGAUCUGGCCUUGGUAUUCUCAGAUUCAUUGGUGUUUGAGUUACUGGGAAUGAUAUUGGUUUAGCUCAUCACAAGCCCUUUCAUUCUUCUUUUAUCAAUUCUGCUCGUCAAAUUAGUGAUUGAAGUAUCAAGUUCUACCAUUGAAUGGGUCCCAACUAGUGUAAUGAGGCUUGGUUUUAGUUUGGAAAUUAUUGUGAAAAUGAUGAAAGAAGGGAAAAAAAGGUGGAAAGAGAAAGGAAAGGAAAAGAAAGAAUAAGUUGGAGGUGCAGAAAAUUUUCUUUCACUCUUCCUCAACCAUUCCACACUUUCUAUGGAAAAUGGGAGGCUCCAAAAAUAUAUAAAUUUGCCCCAGCUUCCAUUAUAUUUUUCCUUCCCAUUUUCCAUCACAAUCAAACAUGUGAAAUUGGCAUUCCUUUUAACUUUGUUCCCCCUUUUAGUCUCCUUUGGGGUGUUUAAGUUCACGAAUAAUCCUAUUAAAGUCAAUUGCUUCAUCACCUGGGUUAAAGACCUAGAAUUUGCCCAGGGUAUGGGUUUUGAGUUGUGAAGGGCUCCUUAUAUUGUAUUUAUCUUGGUGUUACCAUGGAAUCUUAUUCAGUUAUUGGAGCUCUUGCGCAUACUUUUGGUUGGAAAGAGACAUGGAGGCAUACAUUCCUUUUGGCAUUUCAAAGCCUCGGAAUAGUUUAUGGUCGCUUGAGUACUGCUCCACUAUAUGUAUUUAUGUCAAUUCCAAGAGAGGAUAUAAUAUCAGAACAGAGGGUAUAUGAGCUCUUCUCCUUUGUGUUCUGGACUAUGACCAUCAUUCCUCUACUGAAGUAUGCCUUCAUAGUAUUGAGAGCUGAUGACAAUGGAGAGGGUGGUACUUUUGCUUUAUACUCAUUGCUUUGCCGGCAUGCCAAAGUGGGUCUGCAUCCAAAUGAUAGAAGUGCUAAUGAAGUUAUGAAAAGCAUAAGUGCACCUGCUUCUAAGACCAAGGUGGAAUCAAGAGCCAGAAGGGCCAUUGAAAAACAUAAAAGCAGUCACUAUUUGAUGUUGUUUUUGGCUCUGUUCGGGUCUUGCAUGGUGAUUGGCGAUGGGGUACUGACCCCAGCUAUUUCUGUGUUAUCAGCUUCAUCAGGAUUUGAACGAUCGAUGUCUCAUAUAGCUCAUAAAAUUGCCUCCUCACAAAGAGUGGGGGACGACAUAGCAAAAGCCUUCAAAAGAUAUGUUCCGGUCCCCUUUGCAUGUGCUAUAUUGGUAGGCCUUUUCACACUGCAACACUAUGGGACUCAUAAAAUUGGGUUUUUAUUUGCACCGAUCAUUGUUAUUUGGCUCUUCUUCAUCAGCGGGGUGGGUUUAUACAAUAUCUUUUAUUCGGACCAUCAAAUCAUCUAUGCAGUCUCCCCAGUAUACAUGUACAGAUUUAUGAGGAACUUCGACCAUCAAGGUUGGAGGUCAUUAGGCAGCAUCCUUCUAUCUGUAGCAGGAUCAGAGGCUAUGUUUGCAGAUCUUGGCCAUUUCUCAAAGAAAUCACUGAAGAUUACUUUUGUCUGCUUGAUUUAUCCAGCCCUGAUUUUAUGUUAUGCGGGUCAAGCUGCAUUUAUCUCUAAAAACUGGCGUGUGUUUGAAGAUGUUACUUAUCUUAGUGAAUCAGUACCUGGAGCCUUUCUUCGCCAUAUUGUCGUAUUGUUGUCUCUUCUUGCUUCUGCUGUUGGAAGCCAAGCAACCAUUACUGCCAGUUUCUCUGUCAUAAACCAGUGCCUGGCACUCGGUUGUUUUCCCAGAGUAAAAGUUAUUCAUACAUCAGAUACUAUGAAUGGGCGGGUUUAUAUUCCAGAUGUCAACUGGUUAUUGAUGAUUCUCAGCCUUGGCAUUGUAAUAGCUUUCCAAGACAUUGCACGAAUUGGAAAUGCAACAGGUCUAGCUAUAAUUUCUGGAAUGCUAGUAACCACUUGUCUGAUGUCGCUUGUAAUCACAUUGUACUGGGAGAAGAGUCUGUUUGUCUCUGCAUGCUUUUUAUUAUCUUUUGGCUUGGUUGAGAUAAUGUAUCUGUCAGCAUGUAUGUCAAACUUUCACAAGGGAGCAUGGUAUCUAGUUGUUCUUUUCGUAUUUUCCAUGACAAUCAUGCUUUCAUGGCACUAUGGCAUCAUGAAGAAGUAUGAGUUUGAUUUACAGAAUAAGGUGUCCAUGGAAUGGAUUACAGAGAUGAGCCCUGGUCUUGGGGUCUCCAGGGUCCCUGGAAUUGGCUUCAUCUACACUGAUAUUGUGUCAGGAAUCCCAGCUUUUUUCUCCCACUUCAUUACAAAUCUUCCUGCAUAUCACCAAGUGCUGAUCUUUGUGUCAUUCAAGUCCUUACCAGUGCCUUGUGUCCCCCAAAAGCAGAGGUAUCUCAUAGGGAGGCUUGGCGCCAAGGACUAUAAAGUUUACCGAUGUAUUGUAAGAUAUGGAUACUGUGAUAACAUCAGGGACACAGAUGAUUUUGAGGAUCAGAUUAUCCGUUGUAUUGGAGAAUUCAUUGCUUUGGAAGAAAAUGAUUUGGAAUCCUUGACCUCCCCAGAAGGAAGAAUGAUUGUUGUUGGAAACCCAAUGCUGGAUGGAAAUGCCUUGGUUCCCAUCCCUGAAAUGAAUUCAAAUUUGGCCUCUCCAAGGUUGUCAAACAAUGGAACUCAGAGAACCCUGUCUAGUGAUUCAAUUGAGAGUGCAUCUGCUCCUGUCACAAAAAGAAAGGUCAGAUUCAUGUUGCCUCCAGAGAGCCCCAAAAUGCAGGUUUCUGUCAGGGCAGAACUCCAAGAACUAGUUGAUGCCAGGGAGAGCGGCACUGCAUAUUUCUUGGGCCAGUCACAUCUGAAAGUGCGUGAUGGCUCAAGCUUUCUGAAGAGAUUCCUGAUCAUGACCUAUGUUUUUCUUGAUAAGAACUGCCGUGAGCCUCCGGUAGCACUCAACAUUCCUCAUGCUGCUCUUGUAGAGGUUGGUAUGGUCUAUACCAUAUGAAUCGUAAAGCAUCGACAUUUCACUCUUCUUUGCUCUUUGCUUACAAAAUAUGUGCCUAUGCAGCUUGAUUUAGAUGAUCACAUGAAUGAAAAAUCAUUGUUGCUAGACUCAUUUCAUUUUCUUCACAAUUCUUUUCUGUUCUGGUUGGCCAAUGCUGAUAAGACAGAAAAUAGAAGAUAAUUUUGAUAUGUUUCAA